CCGGUGAUUCCCAACGCUGGCGUUGUCGCCUUAGCUGAUUCUCCAUUUGCGUUCAGGUGAUGUUUUCUGAUUUGGAGGUUUUUUGCGCUGGCAUGGCAAGCAGUCUUCACCAAAGGUGACUUUCGCAAGUAUGAUUGGACCAUAAAACUGGACGUUGAUGUGGCUGUUGUUCCAGAACGUUUGCGGGAGGUUUUGCAUGCUCGGUGUGGGCCUUCUGGCUGCGGCAAGAAGAUGCUUCAGACCUUUGGCGGAGAUUUGCAAGGUCCAGUGGAGGCCUUCAGCAAAGAGGCCGCUGCAUCUUUUGCAGCGGGUUUUACUUCCUGCACGAGCGUUGCGGGCUGGAACAAGCAGCCGGAAAGCCAAUGGCUCUCGAGCUGCGCAAGUACUCUUGGGAUAGCAGCUGAAAGGGCACCAAGGCUACUUUCGGGAUACCAUGAGGAAGUUCCUCGGCCUUGUGACACUGUGCAUGGCCUUUUCCAUCCAUUUCCGCAAGUGGAUGGGAUGAAGCAAUGUUUGAAGCAAUCUGGAUACUACUACAUCCACGCGCCGGCUACCAGCACCCGAACCAGCACCACAACGAGGACCACCACUACAUCCUCAACAAUUACACGCACAAGCUCCACAGCAACUACCAGCACUAUGACAUACACAAUUGCAAAAGUUGCACCAGACAGCAUUUUUAACUUCGAGCGACGAUCCUUCCAGAAGCAGCUCCCCGUGUGGGUCAUCACCGCCGAAAACGAACACCGGGGCAUUCCUUUCGCCAUUGGUUUGGCCACCAGCCUUUUGCUGCUCUUUUGCAUCCCAAUUGUAGGCUUCUUCAGGACGACACCACCAGCACCAGUGCCUGGCGGGACUGUUCUGCCUCGAGUUGCGCCAGAAGAGAUAGAGGAUCCACUUCUAAGAGGACCAUGAAGCAGAUGUUGAUGCCCGCUCAAAGCUACUUGCGCCCUGAUGGCAACUACUACAUCUGGGCGCUGUCAGACCGACAACAACGAUUGUCGAGAAUUGUGCCCGAUCUAAAUUAGCUGACAAAAGUGUUGACAUUCUAAACCGCUGAUCUAAACGCCCCUUUGACCUGGAGCAGGG